AUGGCACCUUAUGAAGCUUUAUAUGGAAGGAAGUGCAGAUCACCAAUUGGUUGGUUUGAAGUAGGCAAAACUGCUUUAUUUGGACCAUACCUUGUUCUUCAAGCUAUGGAAAAAGUUAAGGUGAUACAACAACGGCUAGCAACAGCUCAAAGUCGAUACAAAUCUUAUGCAGAUGAACUUUCAGCAGUUCAUCCGGUGUUUCAUGUCUUAAUGCUUCGGAAGUGCGUAGGUGACCUAUCCUAUAUCAUUCCUAUUGAAGAUGUACAAGUUACAGGGGGUCUCACCUAUGAAGAAGUAACUAUUGCUAUUCUAGAUCGUCAAGUUAAAAGGCUAAGGAAUAAAGAAAUGAAUUCAGUAAAGGUGCUUUGGAGGAACCAACAAGUGGAAAAAGUAACGUGGGAAGCUGAGGAAGCGAUGAAAUCCAAGUACCCUUAUUUAUUUGAACCUAAAGGGGAAGUCCAAGGUGCAGAACGGGGGCAUUAA